GAACUGGGCACUGUGAUGAGAUCAUUAGGACAGAACCCAACGGAAGCGGAGUUACAGGAUAUGAUCAAUGAAGUAGAUGCUGACGGUAAUGGGACAAUCGACUUCGCCGAAUUCCUCACCAUGAUGGCCAGAAAGAUGAAAGAAACGGACAACGAGGAAGAAAUAAGGGAAGCCUUCAGAGUUUUUGACAAGGACGGUAAUGGUUUUAUCACAGCGGCUGAGCUCAGACACGUCAUGACAAAUCUGGGGGAAAAACUAACAGAUGAAGAAGUGGACGAGAUGAUCCGAGAAGCUGACAUAGAUGGGGAUGGACAGAUCAACUAUGACGAAUUCGUCAAGAUGAUGACGAGCUCAUGAAACAGACGUAAACAAAACAAAUGUGGAAUGCAUCACUUGAAAGCUGAUACCCUUUCAGAAGAACAAAUCACGGAAUUCAAGGAGGCUUUCUCCCUGUUUGACAAAGACGGUGAUGGAACGAUCACUACCAAAGAACUGGGCACUGUGAUGAGAUCAUUAGGACAGAACCCAACGGAAGCGGAGUUACAGGAUAUGAUAAAUGAAGUAGAUGCCGACGGUAACGGAACAAUCGACUUCGCCGAAUUCCUCACCAUGAUGGCCAGAAAGAUGAAAGACACCAACAGCGAGGAAGAGAUAAGGGAAGCCUUCCAAGUGUUUGACAAGGACGGUAAUGGUUUUAUCACAGCGGCUGAGCUCAGACACGUCAUGACAAAUCUGGGUGAAAAAUUAACUGAUGAAGAAGUGGACGAGAUGAUCCGAGAAGCUGACAUAGAUGGUGACGGACAGAUCAACUAUGAUGACUACUUACGCGUGCAAGAAGAAGAUUCAUUUCUAACUCCGCAACUCGUCUUCCUACAGUACAGUCUCAAACGCUUACCCACACACAUCCGGAUUCCAAAUCCAAAGGCCAUCUGGGAGAAAGACACUGACAUAUAUGUAUUUGUCCUGUCUCAAAAUGUUACAAAUAUUUUUUUCUUUCAGGCUGAUACCCUUACAGAAGAACAAAUCACCGAAUUCAAGGAGGCUUUCUCCCUGUUUGACAAGGACGGUGAUGGAACCAUCACAACCAAAGAACUGGGCACUGUGAUGAGAUCAUUAGGACAGAACCCAACGGAAGCGGAGUUACAGGAUAUGAUAAAUGAAGUAGAUGCCGACGGUAACGGAACAAUCGACUUCGCCGAAUUCCUCACCAUGAUGGCCAGAAAGAUGAAAGACACCGACAGCGAGGAAGAGAUAAGGGAAGCCUUCCAAGUUUUUGACAAGGACGGUAAUGGUUUUAUCACAGCGGCUGAGCUCAGACACGUCAUGACAAAUCUGGGGGAAAAACUAACAGAUGAAGAAGUGGACGAGAUGAUCCGAGAAGCUGACAUAGAUGGUGACGGACAGAUCAACUAUGAUGAAUUCGUGAAGAUGAUGGCGAACUCAUAA